AUGGGGUUCCAGUUUAACCACGUGGGCGGGGGGACGAAGACGCGCCGUCCGAUCACGCUGCAGAUGAAGUACAAUCCAGCGUGCGUGGAGCCGCGGUGCUACUUAGUUCUGGAUAAGGAUCAUACUAGCGAACAGGAGAAGACUCUGCAGCAACUACAGGCCUAUAUCGAGUCCGAGAACCAGCGGCUGGAGAAAGACAUGGGGCGAUUCUCGGACCGAGAGGUGGUGGUGCGCGUGGAGUACAAGUACUGCCCCAACCUCACCAUCAUUGAUACGCCUGGACUCAUCUCCGCCGCUCCAUCUGUCACACACACGGCGCUGCAGGAGCAAGCGCGGAUCGUUGAGGCACUAGUGCUGGCGAAGAUGAAGCAGCAGGAGUUUGUGAUACUCUGUCUCGAAGACAGCAGCGACUGGAGCAACGCCACCACGAGGAGGGUCGUGAUGAAGGAGCAAGCCAGAAUUGUUGAGGCACUAGUACUGGCGAAGAUGAAGCAGCAGGAGUUUGUGAUACUGUGUCUCGAAGACAGCAGCGACUGGAGCAACGCGACGACUCGCCGCAUUGUCAUGAAGGUCGACCCGGACCUCUCCCGGACCAUCCUCGUGUCCACCAAGCUCGACACUCGCAUCCCGCAGUUCUCCCGGGCAGCCGACGUGGAAAUGUUUCUCAACCCGCCGCUACCGGAUAUUUCGGCGUCGCGGCUCGCCACGCGGCCGUUUUUCACGUCGGUGCCGUCGGGACGAGUGGGCUCCGGAUCGGAUGCUGUGUUUAUGACUGACGACGAUUUCAGAGAUGCAGUUGCUCGGAGAGAAAUGAGCGACCUUGCAGCGCUAGAGGACAAAAUGGGCCGGCCUCUUUCGGACGACGAACGAGCACGGGUGGGGGUUAGCCAGCUUCGGCUGUUUUUGGAGCAGAUGCUGCAGCAACGGUACCUCGAGAGUGUACCCUAUAUAGUGCCGCUGCUCGAUAAGGAAUACAAGUCUGUCUCCACCAAGCUCUCUGCCACCUCUGCGGAGCUACAGAACCUGAGCGACGGCGAGUUGAGAGAGAAGAGCCGAAACUUCCGCGACAACUUUGUCCGGAAGCUCACAGUUCUGCUCCGUGGCUCCAUUGCUGCUCCGCCGGACAAAUUCGGCGAGACUCUGCAGGAAGAGAGGGCGCGUGGAGGGAUCUUUGUGGGGUCAGACGGCCAGCAGUUUCCACAGAGGCACAUGCCGAACGCCAGCAUGCGCUUGUUUGGAGGGGCGCAGUACCACCGGGCGAUGGCCGAGUACCGGUUUGUGGUGGGUGCAGUGCGGUGCCCUGCGAUAUCGAGGGAGGAGAUCGUGAAUGCGUGCGGUGUGGAGGAUGUGCAUGACGGCACCAACUACUUCAGGACGGCGUGUGUGAUUGCUGUUGCCAAGGCAUGGGACGUGUUCGAGCCGUUCCUUCGACAGACCACUCAAAACUCGUCCCUCCUCCCUUCCCUCCUCCCUUCCCUCCUCCCUUUCGUCAUCCCUUCCCUCCUCUCUCAGCUCGGGUUCCGUCUAUCCCACAUUGUGGGGCGACUGCUCCCCAUCGUGCUGUUCCUACUCAAGAGGGACAACGAGCCCAUGCUGGUGCAUGAAACGUUCAUAGAGCGAGUGCAGGAGUCGUACCACAAGUUCGUCGAUGCAACAGAGCGCUCCUGCAUUGACAAGUGCAUGGAGGAUCUCACCAGCACCACUCGCUUCGUCACAUGGUCUCUGCAUAACAGGUCUCGCUCCGCCCUGCGUUCCUUCUUCGACUCGGCCAUGCCCAACCACGACUCUCCCCUCGUCUCUGCUCCCUCCUUAUGCUCAUCCUUCCUUCACUUGUUUUUUCUUCCACCCCGCUUCCUCCCAUACAAGCUCAAGUUCAAUUGUUUCUUUCUGAUGCCGUUAAUGGACCGGUUUCCUGCACGGCUGAGGGAGGACCUGGAGGCGGUGGCAGGGGGUGGGCUGGAUGCGGUGUUUGAUAUCUCGAGAGUGCGCGGGCAGCUGGAGAGGAGCCGCGGGGAGCUGGAUGAAGAGCUGAGGCGGGUGCAUGCACUUCAGGCCAAGUUCGCCAGUAUUCACCACAGCCUGAGCGUGAUGCCAUCCCAUGCCAUGUCAGCACCAACGGGGUCUCUUUUCAGCUCACAGACUGGAGCGUCGCCGUUGCCCUCCUUCGGGUCGUCAGACGCAGCUCUCCUGCCCUCACGGCAUUUUGCCGACUCGCUCUCAUCGAUGUUGGACGCGCAGAGCCUGGGGACUCCAGGCGCAAGAAAAGGCAGGCUGUACUCUCCUCGGGAGUGGGACGAGCUGCAGCGCUUGUUUGUGUCACUCGCGGCACAGUCACGCAGCAACGGGCAACAUGUCAUAGCGAGUGUGUUCCAGGCAUACUACGGCAUUCAUGGCAGUCUUGGAGGUCGCCUCUUUGAGAUUGCCACGCAGGGGAACAAGGAUGGUCUCAUGCGCUUCCAGGAGUUUGCAGCUAUCAAGGCUGUGUAUGACAAGGGUUCACCUGAUGAAAUUGACCGCAUGUGCUUUCAAGUCAUGGACGUUCUCAAGUCUGGGAAAGUCGACAGGCGAGAGGUUGAAGAGGUGAUUCGCAGUGCUCUCACCACUGUCUUCGGCCCCCAGCACUCCCUUACACUUGCCAUCAUCCAAGCCUUCGUCUCCUCUGCCUUCCCAUCUAUUCCUACAUCUAGUACGUGGACUUCUUUCAGUCACUCCUCCCUCGCUUCCACCGCUCUCCAUCCCUCUUCUGCUCGGUCUUCCACAGCUGCUGCACCGCUUGCUGCAUCAGCAACGGCAACAGCAGCACCAUCGGAGGGAGCAGGGGGAAAGCAGCAGCCAGAGGGGGGGAGGCCAGAGCAAGAAGGGGAGGGCGUAGGUAGGGAUGGUAGUGCGGGUGCCAGUGUUGCUGCUGCUGAUACCAGAGUUUAUGAUGAUGGUGCCAGUGUUGCUGCUGAUGAUGGAAGGGAGUUGUCAUAUCAGGAUGCAAUUCGAUGGUGGACUGCAGUCCCUGCUGUCAAGAAGUUUCUCCGGAGCCUCCUCACCCCUCCAGAUCUUCGUCCGCCGCUACCAACUCUCAUUGCGCCACCUGUCACCGCCAGUGGCUGCCACAUCAGCGAAGAAGCUGGGGAGCAGCAGCAUGAGAGCAGGGAGGACACGUGGCUGCUGCAGAAGGAGCUGACGUGGCACAUAGCUGGUGCACUACAGGAGAAAGAGUGUCGGGAGUGGUGUUUGUUGUACAGCAGCAAACUGCAUGGCCUGAGCUUCAACUCUUUUCUGGGGAAGGUGUCAUCUGUACCGCAUCCAACCGUUCUUGUGGUCCGAGACUCAUCUGGGGCCAUCUUUGGGGCCUUCGCUUCCAAGCCGUGGGAGCGAGGCAGUGCUUUCUACGGUGACAUGCGCUCCAUCCUCUUCUCCUUCCUCCCCACUGCUGCUGUUUUCAAGGCAGCUGGCACCAGCACUAACAUUCAGUGGUGUGCGUCAGGCUUUGCCUCCGAGUCCAUUCCCAAUGGCAUCGGUCUGGGCGGCCAACCGGGUCAUUUCGCCCUUUUCCUCUCGUCGGAUUUCGACUCAGGUCACUCUCGCCCCAGCACCACAUUCAACUCCUCUUCACUCUCUUCAACACCAAACUUCAACAUAGAUGCUGUGGAGUGUUGGGCUGUUAUCAGUGCUUCUCUUUCCGAUAGGAUUUCUGCUGGCGAUGGGGGGAUAGGAGCUGUUGGAUCGUCACGGUCUGGAGUGGGGAGUGGGAGAUCAGACGAUGCUGGUGGUAGUGGGAGAGGGACGGUGCUGGAUAGGUUUGGGAAGGAGCGUGCGAUGCUGGGCAUGAUUGGAAUUGCAACGGCUAGUGAGAACAUAGGCAGGGACAAACCGGAUAGAGAGGGGUGA